GUGCAUUGUUCAUGCCUCUGGCUUCCCGGUCUGCUGAUGUUGCGACGAUACAUGCGCAGGUCAAAUUGGCCUGGACACACCCUACCCAAGGCCAAUGACGCGAAAGGAGGGCCACCAGCUGCUGGUGUUCUGUAAUUUGGUCGCGACUUCCAUCUGGAUUGCUCUCAACUUCGAGACUUCUGGCGCGCUUGAACGGCCAUACCAUCUGUUCGUCCUCGUCCUGGGACUGUCGGGCCUCUUCUGGUCAAUCCUCAACGGGCAGCGUCCAGUACCAACAGAAGAGGAGCAGGCAACAGACAACGAUAAUGCCUAUUCGAAGCUACAAUUCGAGAUCAAGAGGCGACAAGAUGCGGGAAGGAGCAGUGUGGGACGGAUUUUGCGGUACCCCUUACGAACCUUCAGCAAAUCGAAACCGUCCUCCAUAUCCCUGGUAGCCUGCGUUGUUGCCAGGGCGCUCAUUCUCCGCAGAAUUGUGCGAGGUGUAGAGUGCUCUUGGGAUGGAGUUGAGAUAUAUCUACCCCUUCUCCUCUCCCUCCUCGAGCUCCUCACGAAAGACUACCGAAUUCCUUCGAUCCCUCGAUUCGAAAAGGCUCCCCAACCUCCCCGACACUACCACCUUCGGCAUGUAUCAUUGGUUGCGGUUUGGGUGUUGUCGGCGCAUGGCACAAUCUCGUUCUCGGUGGACCAUACCACAUACAUUUGCCCCCAGGCAAACCAUUUGCGAGCGUGGAUCCGGACGCUACAAUUCCUAGGGGUAGUACUGGAUGCUGUUAUUAUCAACACGGUAUCGAAAGUGUCAAGAGAGGGCCAGGAAUCUGGCAAGCCAUGGGCGCAGCUCAGUCAAUUGGCUUUGGCGACUACUGGAGUCCUGGCGGCCGUUGCCUGUCUUUUCCUAUGGUGGAAUCCACCAUACAAUCAUACGCCACGGUACCUUAAUUGGUCUCUCGUUCCAGACUCCAAGACAAUCCUCAGCAUGGCUUUCGCCGGCUUGCUCUCUACUAAUUUUGUGUUAUCCGCAGUCUACUUGUUGGCCGAGCUUCGCUCCACUUCGAUUGCAAUUACGACCACUUGCGUUUGCCUCUACAUAUAUCAUAUCUUUGCCUCGAACUCUGAAUACUCGGUCAUCCCCAAGCGGCCAAUUAAUUUGCUGUGCUUUACUGCUUUUGGGGCCGCCUUUGGCCUUAUUCGAUUGGAACGAGAAGCUUCAAAGUCCCAACAACUCCUGUCAAUGAAUCAGAAGACCUCAAGAGCUUUGCUUUAUUUUUAUGUACUCUGCAGCACCUCAUUCUAUGGGCAGAAGUAUGUGCUCUAUUCAACAGCGGCCGAAUUUCCAAACCACCCAAUCACUGCUCUCAUCUCGAGUGCUCGAUCAAUUUCAUCGAAUUGGGAGAAACAAGCGACAAAAAGCAUGUCGAUAGCAGAGGCUGUGGAGGAGUACCAGUCGCGGUAUGGGAUACCUCCACCUCCUCAUUUUGAUAAGUGGUGGGAUUACGCAAUCGCCCGAAAAUCGAUCAUCAAGGACGACUUUGGGCAGAUCCACGAGGAUCUCCUACCAUUUUGGGGCAUAAAGCCAUCUGAAAUUCGGAAUCUGACAGCACACAUGCUCGAACGACCCUGGACUAAAGUUGGUGGGCUGCGAAUAUCAAACGGGACAACUGCUCUUGGACCACACAUACCACCAACUCAUCAAUGGAUGGUAGAAGGGGCCGCCGACAUGAUCAACAAGUUCGUUGAAUGGCUUCCAGAUAUGGAUCUCGCGUUCAACAUCAACGACGAGAGCCGCGUUACUGUGCCAUGGAAAGUAAUGGAAGAUCUCAAAAAACAUGCAAAACUAUCCAGACAAACGCUAAAUCGAACCAAAACACUCCGGUCAUUCAGUACCAAUAGGGAGUGGGCCGGCCUUUUCAUGGAGCCUGAACCGCCGUACCCUUCAGACUUUCCGUCCCCGCAUUUUAAAGAGGCCUCGCUGAGCUCUUCUUUCAUGGACUAUGGGGUAAUAGGAUGCCCACCUGACUCUCCAAGCCAAAAACAAACAUGGUGGAACAAGAAUUCGUUCUGCCACGACUGUGCAAAACCACACUCAAUCGGCCCUAUCCUAGCCAACUGGACACUCUCUGGCUCCCUCUGCCACCAACCCGACCUCGCCAACUUCCAUGGCUUCCACCUGUCUCCCUCCCCCUUCAAACCAACCAAAAAGCCUUUUCCCAUCUUCUCCCAAUCUAAGAUCCCAACAUUCAACGACAUCGUCUUCCCUUCGCCAUGGAACUACGAAGACAAGGUGACCCACAAUGUCAGCCACGACAUGCCCUAUUCCGAGAAAGAUCGCACCGUCUUCUGGCGUGGCGCUACAUCGGAAGGCUUCGCUAUCCGUGGCACCUGGCAAGGAAUGCAACGCCAACGCUUCGUGCAUCUAGUAAACUACACAGCUCCCGACUCAACUGUCAACCUCCUCCUCCCAAACAAAGGCAACGGCAUGGGCUACAAUCAACAAGCCACGACCAUCUCCCAAAUCACGUCCGUAACGAAUAUCAGCGUCUCUUUCGUCGGAGAACCUAAGCGAUGCUACGGUCCGGACUGCAAUCUCGAGAUGGAAGAAUUCACGUUUGGGGAUAGUGUCGAUUUCCAGGAUCAUUGGAAAUACAAGUUCUUAUUUGAUCUCGAUGGGGCUGGGUUCUCCGGGCGCUUCUUGCCAUUUCUCGAGUCUCGAAGCUUAGUGUUCAGAGUCGCGGGAUUUAGACAGUGGUUUGAUGAGAGGUUAGUGGCUUGGAGGCAUUUUGUGCCUGUUGAUGGGAGACUACAUGGGGUGUGGCAUUUGAUUGCUUAUUUUGGGGGAACGGAGAGGGGGCUCAGAGGUGAUGGCAAAGGGCAUGAUAAAGAGGGUGAGAAGAUUGCGGAGGAGGGGAGGGAUUGGGCGGCAAGAGUGCUGAGGAAGGAGGAUAUGGAGGUGUAUAUGUUUAGGUUAUUGUUGGAGUGGGCGAGGAUAGUGGAUGAUCGGCGGGAGGAGUUGGGAUUCGAUUUGAAUCUGUUUUUAAAAAGUGUAUAGUUGGAUAUCAAUGAAUUGUUUUGGAAAUCUCUCG